UGUAGUUGUCUCUUCUGUGACUCUACGAUCUGUGGAAAAUGUCCAGAUUUCAGGAACUUAAAGAUUUAUUCAAACGGCGGCUGAUAAAUGCGGCUCGCGCUCAUCUGUUUGAACAUUUCGAGGAAUCAAUAUCUGGAGUUGAAAAGAAGAUCGAUCACAAACGGAAACUGCUGGAUUUGGUUUUAUACCCCGACGUGAAGCUGCAGAGAACAGAGAGUCCUGCAGACGUUCAGCAGCUGUUAGAGACUAGAGAAGAAGUUCCCAGCUCCAGUCAGGACCACCAACACCCAGAUCCUUCACACAUUAAAGAGGAACAUGAGGAAGUCUGGACCAGUCAGGAGGGAGAGCAGCUUCAGGGACUGGAGGAGGUUGAUAUCACCAAGUUCAUAUCGACUCCUGUUCCUGUGAAGAGUGAAGAUGAUGAAGAGAAACCUCAGUCCUCACAUCUUCAUCAAAGACUAACUGAGGAGAUAAAGACAGAAGCUGAUGGAGAGGACUGUGGAGGAUCAGAACCAGACAGGAACUCACAUCCAGAUACACAUUUACUACCUGAUACUGAUGACAAGACUUCAGACUCUUCUAAACUUGACACUGAUGGCAGUGAUUUUUGGAAAGAGACAAGACAACAUCCAUCAGUCUCUGACAGUCAUGUGAGGUGUAAGACUGACCGGGGACGAUUAAACCCCUCUGAGAAUGAUAAAGCUUUUACAGAAAGAGAAAGUCUGAGCCAAUACAUGGCAUUACAUACAGAGGUAAAGAGGGAGGACCCAGAUCCUCCACACAUUAAAGAGGAACAGGAGGAAGUCUGGACCAGUCAGGAGGGAGGGCAGCUUCAGGGACUGGAGGAGGCUGAUAUCACCAAGUUCAUAUUGACUCCUGUUCCUGUGAAGAGUGAAGAUGAUGAAGAGAAACCUCAGUCCUCACAUCUUCAUCAAAGACUAACUGAACAGAUGGAAACAGAAGCUGAUGGAGAGGACUGUGGAGGAUCAGAACCAGACAGGAACUCACAUCCAGAUACACAUUUACUACCUGAUACUGAUGACAAGACUCCAGACUCUUCUGAACCUGAUGGCAGUGAUUUUAUCUGCAGUGUCUGUAACAACAGAUUCAGAUCAAAGUCACUGUUUCGAUACCACAGGUGUGAUCCUGAGUCAACACAAAAUCAUCCCUGUGAAGAACCCAAGAAGAGAUUCUGUGAAUGCCCCGAUUGUGGAAAAAAAUUUAGAUAUAAUUCACACCUGAUUGAGCACCAGAGAACUCACACAGGGGAGCAGCCUUUCAACUGCUCAGAUUGUGAACACAUGACACACCACACCAGGCCAGAGGAGAACCCAUUCUGCUGCAGUGACUGUGGCGAAGGAUAUCGUUGGCAAUAUCAGCUGAAAAUACACGAGUGUCCUUCUAAGUCAUCUCAGCAAAGCAAAACAGACUUUAAGAAAAAUGACUGUGGAGAAGCUCAACAGUCCAGAACCUUAGAUCCAGAGAGACAUUCGAAACCAGAUACUGACAAAAAGUCUUUGGUAUCUUCUGACACUAAUGGCAGCACUGACAUUUCUUUUUGGAAAGAAACCAUUGAUGAAGGAUGUCAAACUGACAAGAAGUCAUUCACUCCUACUCCAAUCAAGAGUGAAGAUGAUGAAAAGAAACGAUUAAACCCCUCUGAGAAUGAUAAAGCUUUUACAGAGAGACAAAGUCUGAGUCAAUACAUGGCAUUACAUACAGAGGUAAAGAGGGAGGACCCAGAUCCUCCACACAUUAAAGAGGAACAGGAGGAAGUCUGGACCAGUCAGGAGGGAGAUCAGCUUCAAGGACUGGAGGAGGUUGAUAUCACCAAGUUCAUAUUGACUCCUGUUCCUGUGAAGAGUGAAGAUGAUGAAGAGAAACCUCAGUCCUCACAUCUUCAUCAAAGACUAACUGAGGAGAUAAAAACAGAAGCUGAUGGAGAGGACUGUGGAGGAUCAGAACCAGACAGGAACUCACAUCCAGAUACACAUUUACUACCUGAUACUGAUGACAAGACUUUAGACUCUUCUGAACCUGAGAGUGAUGACAGUGAUUUCUGGACACCGAUAAGGAAAAGUCAUGUUUAA